CGAAAAAUGAAAAAUGAGACUGCAACAUCUUCCAGCCGAGAUAUUGAUACUCGUGACGGAAUACUUCUGUGACCACGCCGGCUCCUUUGCGAUUUCCAAUCUAAAGUCUUUCCGACUCGUCUCUAAACGGAUUGCUGAUAUCACAGCUCCAGCCCUCAACCGACACACGCAGAUUGCAAUUUCAGCGUUGUCACCACAGACGCUGCGCAAACUCGAAGAAAUCCUGCAACACGAACGUUUUGCUACGACGGUCCGCAGACUCAAGCUCUCCGUGGCGUAUUACGACGCCCUACUCACUCGGGAUUUCUCUUUAUUCGCAAAAUAUAUGGUUGACCGAGAAUUUCAGAUUCGCACACAACUUUGCGGCGAGAUUAGACAGUGUAUUAACAAUCAGUUUUCCCUCGCUUCGAAGGAGUGGCGUGCCGUGGGCUUUGGCUUCUAUGAAGAAAACAAUCUCACCCAUUAUCAAAGCCUCCUCAAAAAGGGCCACAGCAUUUAUUGCCAUUUACUCAAUGAACAAGAAGUGGCUUGGCAUGAUAACUCAUAUAUGACCCGACUCUCAGCCUUACUGAGAAGGUUGCCGGCUUUAGAGCAAAUAGUGAUCACGGACAAGGACGAGAACGCGCUGGGCUUGAGCGCUGAUAUAGCUAAGGAUCCUGCGGUGGCCAUUCGUGCUGGAGACUGUGAACGCACAUUACCCCAAGAGUGGUGUGACAGUUUGCUGAUAAAGUUCUGUUCCCUGCCGUCGUACUGGCAAUCAUGUUUCUCAUGCGUCGAAGUCCAAGCCAAAAGAAUUCGUCAUUUCACACGGGAGCCACCUCCAGCUGAACUGCUGCCCGCCAUCUUCGGAGUUCUUGAGCAUGCGAACAUCUUUCCGACGCACUGUCACAUAUAUUUAUCCACCCCUGUCAAUUAUGAAACUCUUGAAAUUUCCUCUGGCUCGUUGCAAUGUAUCAGCCGUGUUGUGCGCAAGGCAACUGAUUUGUCUCUGGGUUUCUACGGCCUAGAUCGACAUUUCGGCCCUUCCUCUGCACUCCUGGACCGCAAGAGCAUUGGAAAACAACACCUGUAUAAUCUCUCUCGCGCAUUUUUCAACACAGACUCUGUUCAGUCAAUCAAAAUAGACACUUCGCUUCAUUGGUUCGUAGCAGGAGAACCAUGGGGGGAUGUGAAGCUCUCAGAUCUUCUUCCAUACCGGGAGCGCUGUUGGCCGAAUCUCAGGGCCAUAUCUUUGAUUAUCGAAUUCCAGGGACAGGAUCUCAGGCAGUUGGUGGAACAGCACAAGGGAUCGCUUAGAAUCGUACACGCUCAUUCCUUGCUGCCGAAGGAAGAUCUGGUGAAAUAUAUCAAGGACACUAUCGGGCCUCGAGUUGAAGAGAUCCUCUUUUGUGAGCCCGCUAGAACCGAAUCUCGUCGCUUUUCUCGAAAUGCGGCCUUCUUUUCGCCGUGGGGUCAUCGACAUAUUUUUUCGAGUUGAGUUGCUCGAUAAAUACGGGCACGUUUUCUUUCCUCCUGGUUAUUGAUGUGGGAGUAACCCGACUCUAAAUAUCCGCUCCCCUUCCCUUUUCUUGUUCUGUAUUUUAAUGGUAAUAGAUGCACUAUCUAAUGACCGAUAAUGGUGGUAUCCCAGAGAUCGACUAAUUGAUUCGGG